UGAUCUCAAAUUUUGAAACAAUUUGAAAGGCAAAAGAGAGGAGAGGGAGGCGGGAUACACCACUUCUCAAUUCAACAUAAGCAAACGGUUAACUUUUCUUUCUUCCUCUCAGACGAAAAACAAGUCAAGAAAGAUCCAUCAAAAUGGCAUCUCUCAAGCUCAAGGGGAAAACAGGAGAUCAACUUAACUCCAGUCGUUGUUUGAAAAUUUAUUUCCAAAAUGAAAAUCCCAAAAAUGAAGCAUCUACCAUGACGAAACCAGGAGUAGGUAGCAAAGCAGCCGUUUUAACUACUGCAAUCGAUUCAAAGGGGUCUCUGAAGAACAUGACCAAGAUUAAAGGCAAGCGCGAUAGUUCUGAAAAUAAAAUAGUUCAAAGAAAGGCACUGUCAGAUCUUAGCAACCUUACUUCUUUUGUUUCUUCCACGAAAGUUUAUGAUGGCUCUAAAUCAAUGAAGAAUGAGAGAAGUGCCUUGUUGGAACGGGUUUCAAUGGCUUCGGCUGCAAAAACUGCUAAUGUCUCAUCCAGGAGAUCUUUCAAGGGAAAAGAGAGGGACCAUCUAAAUCAAGGUGCUGUUGUUCAUACUUCAAAGACAGAAAGUAAUAAAGAUGUGAAGACUUCCUUGAGUGUCCAAAGUGUUACAACCAAGAAUUCAGAUCGUAAAUCUGUUCUUACCACCAGCAGGACAACCAAGAAUCCACUUCCACCCUCAAGGAAGUCUUUACCGGUGUUGAAAAAGGACAAAGCUACAGAAGCUCGUAGGAUUACAAGUAAGUCUAAAGUCUGUGAGAGUGCUUCACAUCAAGCAAGCUAUGGAAAGAACCAUAUUUCAAGGAAUAGAGGGAGUGAUAGCUUUGUAAUGAUGGCUACUAAAAGUGGAUCUAAUUCAGCUGCUCGUAUAUUGCCAAGAUCUUUCAAGCCAAGUGUUAAGACUGCACUCAGGCCUUCUAAUACUCAAAGAGCAUCAAAAUCGAAGUGUUCUUCAGGUUUGAAAAAACAAGUAUCUGUUGCUGCAAUCUCAUCCAAGAAAGACAUAGAAUGUACUCUUCCAGCAAAUAAUGUAGCAGCAAUUUCCAGUGAAGCUAGCCAAAAGGAUCUUAUGUCUAAUGGCAAUAGUGAUGCUAGCAUCAACAUGCCUGAUAUCCUUACUAGAAAGAAAGCCAAACGUAGGAGAUCUUAUACAUCCUUAUUGAUGACAAGAUCAAAGCUAUUAGAGGGAAAUGGAGUCAAAGAAGAAGAAAAGCUACCUGGCAUUGAUAAAGAUGACAAUCCAUUGGAAGUUGCUCAAUAUGUUGAUGAAAUUUAUCAGUACUAUUGGACUACUGAGGCGUUGAAUCCAUCUCUGGAAAAUUAUAUGUCAAUACAGAAAGAUAUUACGCCUCAAAUGAGAAGCAUACUGAUCAACUGGCUGAUUGAGGUGCACCUCAAAUUUGAUUUAAUGCAAGAAACGCUUUAUCUCAUGGUCACUUUGUUGGAUCGAUACCUCUCAGAGGUCCAAAUAAAGAAGAAUGAGAUGCAGCUGGUUGGUCUUACUACACUUUUACUGGCAUCAAAAUAUGAGGAUUUUUGGCAUCCUAGGGUGAAAGAUUUAAUCAGUAUAUCAGCUGAGGCUUAUACUAGUGAACAAAUGCUCAAAAUGGAGAAGCUUGUCCUUAAAGAGUUGAAGUUUCGCCUAAAUGCGCCUACUCCCUAUGUCUUCAUGUUGAGGUUUAUAAAGGCUGCUCAGUCAGACACCAAGCUUGAACAUCUAGCCUUCUACCUCAUUGAGCUGUGCUUGGUUGAAUAUGAAGCUUUGAAGUUCAAGCCUUCCUUGCUAUGUGCAUCAGCUAUCUAUGUUGCUCGAUGUACCCUGCAAAUGUCUCCUCCUUGGACCCCGUUGCUUUGCAGACACACACGCUAUGAUGCAUCAGAAAUCAGGGAGUGUGCGGAAAUGAUAUUAAGAAUCCAAAGAGCUGCCAGUUCAGGGCAAUUGAAGGUGACAUUUGAGAAGUACGCGAGCCAUGAACUCAGUCAAGUUGCAAUGAUUACACCCUUGGGUAGGCUUCCUUGAACUUGAUUUUAGUUGAAUGAGUUCAAUUUUAGCAUGUAAGUAAAUAUAAAAGUGAAAUGUCAUAUAUAACACAGAAAAUAGUCCGUAAGCUUUCAUGUCAAUUGGAGUUGUGGUGUUGUAGUUGUAAGCUUGUUGAUUGUAUUGGAGGUAUUGUUUCCUCCUUUUGAGUUUGAGAUUGAUGACUUAAUGUAAUGAUGGAUCAUGGGUUCGUACUUGAUCGCCUUCUUGAAUUAGCUCCACUUUCUUGCCCA